GCUCAGUGCUCUGCUGCUCGGUGCGGUAGGGCUGGCGUCACGGCGGCAGGCAGGGGCAGCCAGCGCGUCGCCCCAGGGGAAGAAGUGUAGACUACUGCUAGCGUCGCCCCAGGGGAGUAUACAGUAGAUAGACGAGACGAGACCACUCUCGCCGGUGGGGGCGGCCCCGCAAGGCGUCAAAUCGCGCGGCGGCUGAUGACGCUGAUUCAUGAUGCCGUGCGCGCGCCCGGUCAGCGACAGCCUCAAAGCCCAGCCCUCGUACACCUACCUCCCCGUUUCACGAGGCGCGGCCAUUAGUUAAGUGCAGCCAUUCAUCGACCCACGCCACCCCGUGCGAUCGCGGUGCCUACUAUAAGAGUUAACACUCCGCUGCCGCAACCGAGACGACCAACCAGCUGCCCAACCAGCCUGACUGAGUGAGAGGAGACAGAUGGAGUGGGACAUGAGAGGAGGACACGGGAGCGUCCGUGGUGGUGUAGGGGACGGCGGAGGCGUGGUGAGAGGCGGCGUCGGAGGAGGGGACCAGCAGCGAGCGGAGGCGCACUACCGCGGUGUGCGGAAGCGGCCGUGGGGCCGGUACGCGGCGGAGAUCCGCGACCCGUGGAGGAAGAUGCGGGUGUGGCUGGGCACCUACGACACGCCCGUCGAGGCCGCGCUCGCCUACGACCGCGCAGCCGUCGCGCUGCGCGGCUCCAAGGCGAGGACCAACUUCGGCAGCGGCGGGCGCGGCCGCUGCCCUCCGGUCCACCCGCGCCCGCCUCCGCACCCGGUGCUGGCGCCCAGCUCCUUCGGCGGCCUCGAAAUCAGCCACCCGUCCCCCUGGCAAUUCGUCUACUUCCCGUCGAGGCUGCACCAGGCCAUGACCCCGCCGGGGCCCAACGUCGCCGCGUCGCUGCCGUCAACGGCGCUGGAACUCCGGACGGGGCCGAGGAGCCUGCCGUUCGACCUCAACGAGCCGCCGGCGCUGCUGUUCGGGUCGUGAUCUCCAUGUACGCGCAUGGAGUAGUGGUAGAUCAGUAUCAAGGGUGGGAUCGUGGAUCAUGGUACGUAGUGAGUCUAGUAACUAUUGAGGAUAAUCGAAAGGGGAGUGGAGAGCGCAGGUCCGGGUGUAUAUAUGCCUAUUUAAGAAAAGCUUGCCAUUCUCGUCGUCGUCCGUGUUCUUGUU